UCCUCCCUUCCCUCACAAUUAAAGGGCACGCUGGCGGCUUCCCACUGGGAAUGUUCGAGAAGUCAGUCGCAUUCCUCCAUAGUGACUGUGACCCUAUACUGGGGCUCCUCUUCCAUAUAUAGACCAGGCAGCAGAUAUAAGAGUCCAGGAGUCCAGUCCCAGCCACAGUCCGCGUCCACCCCUCCUCUCUCAGGAUGUCCGAGCGCCGGAUCCCCUUCAGUUUCCUGCGGAGCCCCAGUUGGGACCCGUUCCGGGACUGGCAUUACCCGAGCCGGCUCUUCGACCAGUCCUUCGGCAUGCCAGCCCUGUCCUACGACUGGGGGGUCGACUGGCCGGGCAUGUGGCCGGGUUACGUGCGCCCCUUCCACCCGGCCAGCGCCCGACCCCCAGCCCCAGCCCCAGCCCCAGCCGCGUCCGAGGCGGCCGAUCAGACCGCCGCGUCCAGCGCCGCCCUCAGCCGGCAGCAGAGCACCGGCAUCUCCGAGAUCAAGGUCACCUCCGACAAGUGGAGGGUCAACUUGGAUGUCAACCACUUCGCCCCCGAGGAGAUCACCGUCAAAACCAAGGAUGGAUAUGUGGAGAUCAACGGCAAACAUGAGGAAAGACAAGAUGAACACGGUUUUAUUUCAAGGUGUUUUACUCGAAAAUAUCUCCUCCCUCAAGGCAUUGACCCUGCUGUAGUUGCUUCAACACUGUCACCCACUGGUGUGCUGACAGUGGAAGCACCGAUGGUCAAACCAGCUCUGCAAUCUUCUGAGGUCACCAUCCCAAUUACCUACGAGUCCAAAGCCCAGAUUGGAGUGCAGGAUUCGAAGAAGACAAAUGAAACAACAAAGAAGUGACUGAGGUAGCAAAGAACCCCAGUACGCAACUCGUAGCAGGCAUUACACCAGGACAGCACAAACUAACCAGAACAGCACUGAUAGACUGAUCAGAUCCAAAGUAAUCAGUACAAUGUUGAGAAAGCUACUGAAGUACCCAGAUAACCAGAGCAAAACCACAAUAGACAGUCAUUACCACAAGCUAACCCCAAUACAAUUAAAUGGUUGUGAGCUAGUCAUACCUAAUGUCUCCGUAGAGCUUGUAGUCAGAUUAUUAGAUAUUUUCUGUUUACAUUUUUAGCUUUGGUUUAAAAAAAUUGCAGUUUUCCAAAUUUAAAAUCAUAAAUCAUUCAAUCAUUAUAACACAAAUGAGGCCAUUCUAUUCUUUUAAGUGCCUUAGAAGCUCUGAAUAAUUUUGCACCACCCUUAUGGGCAAUGGUUCUUGAUCAUAUCCACUCUGCAUAUACACAGGGGCUGUGAGAAAACCUUGUAUCUUUUGCCUUGAUACCAUCAUAUAAAUUUGUUAACAAAGAUUUUUUUUGGAUCAGCAUUAAACUUUAUUAAUAAAAUGAAUGGUGAGGAAAAAACA